AUGCAAAUAAAAUUCAUGCCAAUUACUCUAAAUAAUUAUAUUCUAAACUAAAAUGAACCUCUUGGAUCAGGACUUAGUUCAAUGGUAUUUAUGAAAAUAAAAUAGGUUUUUAAAGCAAAAAAUAUUGAUACAAAUAAUUAUGUAGCCCUUAAAAUAAUCAAAAAAUCUAAUUCUGAUAUAAAUCUUUCUGAAUAAAAGAUUUCUCAAAUGUAUAAAUUGGAAGUAGAAGUCUUAACAUAAUGUAACAAGUUGAAGAAUUAAAAUAUUGUUCGUUUAAUUUAAAAUUUUGAGAGUAGUGAUAAGUAUGCAUUAGUCCUAGAAUUAUGUGAUUGUAAGCAUUUUUUUUUAAAUAGAUUCUUUAUAGGAUUAUUUAAAGUAAUUUAUAUUAAUAAAAGAAGAAUAGGCUUUAGAUAUUUUUCUUCAAAUCUAUAAUGGACUUUCUUGGUAUUUAAUUAAUUCAAAAAUUUAGUCUAUAAAAUUAUAAAUAUUAUCAUAGAGAUAUUAAACCUUCAAAUAUUAUGUUUAAAGAUAAUUAAAUUAAAAUAAUAGAUUUUGGUUUUUGUUUAUAAACAAAUAGUUUUGAAAAUUAAAAAUUAAAUACUAGAUGUGGAACAAGAGGAUAUUAAGCUCCUGAAGUUAGAGAGGGAAAUUAUGAUCCUGAGAAAUCAGAUAUUUAUUCAUUAGGCGUUGUUUUUUAUGAAAUCCUUUAUGGUUUGCAGAAUUUUACGAAUAAGAAUAAUUUUAUUUAUCCUCUGAAAAUACAGGUUAGUGAAAUGACAAAAGCUCUUAUAGAUAUGAUGGUUUAAGAGGAUUAUAAAAAUAGGAUUUCUUGGUAAUAAAUUGGAGAAAUUUUGAAGGCAAUCAAAAGUACAUUUAAAACUGAAUAAAAUUAAUAAUUUUAAUUAGAUGAGGAUUUGAGAUAGAAAUUCUUUAUUUUUAAAAAAAUUCUUUAAGAAUUUAAAAAAAUAAGGGAAGAACAUAAAGAUUUUCUAUCUUUACAUUUGGAGCUAUUAUUAAUUAAAAAAAUGAUAUCUGAUUAUGAAAAAUCUAAAUUAAAUUUCGAUUAAUAGAAAGGUGAAUUAGAAAAAAAGUUAAAAUUAUUGUAAGAGAGUUAUGAUUACAAUAUUUUGGAAUUAAAAAUAUUAUAAAAUUAUUCAUUAAGAACAAAACUAAACAAAUUGAUCAAUGAUUUAGAAAAAGAAAGGUGCAGAUCUUUACAUGAAAAUAAGUAUGAAUGAAAAUUAUAGGAUAGAGAAUUAAAACUUAAAUUAUGCAAUGAUUAUUUCAUAAAGCAUUUUAAUCAUCUAAAUGAAGAACUUUUUAAUGAAUAAUCUAAUAAUUUUAAAAAUCAUUUAGAAAGAGAAAUUAAUCAAGUUUUCUCAAUACUCUAAAAGCCAGAGUAUGUAACAUCUGAUAAUUCAUUAUAAAUAAAGGUGUUGAAAAUUAACAUCUUAGUAAUUAAAUAUUCAGAAGAUAAUUUUGUAAAAAUGAUUGUUAUGUUAGGAAAAAAUUAAAGAUCAAUUAUAGAAAUUAUAGUUAAUAUCUAACAAAUAACUUAGUAUGAUCGAAAUUUUAGAUAGUAUAAAAAAUGAGAGUAUGGCAGAUUAAUUCAAAUAAUGUCUUGAUAGCUUAGAUUGA